CCAGUAACAGUGUUGACGUCUUAUAACCGCCAGAAGUCACAGUCAUGGACAUUCUGGUAAAACUCCUCUUAUCUGGACUACAAAUAGCAAGUCUGGGACUUUUGUCAGGUAUUCAAUCCGGCUAUUCCUCCUUCAAUAAUUGCACAUCUGAGCCCAAGUGUAGAUGUUUUGUCUUACCUGAUGUCACUUCCGGAGGUUACGAUGGUGGCCUUGGUGCAGACUGUUCCAGGGAAGGGCUCUCGAGCAUUCCCAUAUUCUCACCGGAUGUGACGUGGAUUAGUCUCUCCCAUAACCUCAUCAGCACAUUUCCCGGAACAUCAGAGAUUGGAUACAAUGUUACGUUUCUCGACUUAUCUAAUAAUAAAAUUGGAUCGUUUAAAGCUGACACUUUACAUAAACUAAGACGUUUAAUCUCUCUGGAUCUGAGUUAUAACGACCUACGUUAUAACGACUCAAUUUUCAAACCUGGCCAAUUUAAAUCAUUGAAAAAAUUGCAGUAUUUGAAUCUGAAAGGGAAUGCCAACAAAUAUGACAAUGGAUAUCCACAGUCUAUAGGUGAACUAGAAUCUUUAACAACCCUACAGCUGGAUGGAAUAGAUGGCGCUAACUUCCCACUCCGGUAUCAGACAAUGUCAAACCUAACAACUUUGGACCUCUCCAGUUUGACAGGUAACUGUAAGGUAAAGUCUCUGACCCGACGCAUGUUUGAUGGAGUUAGCGUUAUACGGUAUUUGAACGUGUCAUAUUGUAAACUAACUCACAUAGAGACAGGUGCCCUCGGAGUUCUUACUCAACUGAGAUAUCUCAAUUUAUCUCACAACGUCUAUCUUUCCUUCAACGCAUUAUCAAACAUCACAUUUGAUUUGCAGUUCACAGACAUUCGCACUCUGGAUAUUUCUAAGGUACAUUGUACGUACGGAGUUGGAACCUACGUUUUAGUCGACGAUAUUAGACAUCUUAACAAAACUAAACUGGAGAAAUUGUACGUAGAAAGUAACAGACUUAGCAUGCUGCAAUCAGAUGCUUUUAAUUACUUCCCUCCUACCUUACGGUACAUAUCGAUCAGGGACAACCUGUUCACUAUGGGUAUAUAUGUUCUUCAGUUCGGCAUCUUAUGUGGCCUCCGGGAACUCGAUCUAGCCAAUUCCUUCACUACGCAUGAUCCGAGUGACACCACAAACCGCUUCAGUAGCUGCGGUGAUUGGAGGGGACCUAUGAAAAAUGCAAUCGCAACGUCACCUAUUGACAAGGAGGGGAUGCUGCCUUUAGACCGCCUUGGUAACACAGGAAAGGGAAUGACAUUUAUUGUCAAUCUACCACGAAAUCUGGAAAAAAUCUCGUUUGCCAAUUGUCUUUAUCGUUACGUUAUUUACACUCUACAUUUUGCUGAAAACAAAUUGACACAUCUUUCUGCCCAAAAGAACAUGUUUGUUGAAUGGAGAGGACCUAUAUUCAAUCUUACCAAAUUGGAAUAUGCGGAUUUGUCAAAUAAUUUCUGUUCGUAUGUGGCAGUAGAUUUUUUUCAACAUCUUACUUCUCUUAAAACGUUAAUAAUUAGCACAAACUUGUUAGGUUUUAUGAUAAAUCUUGACACACAAGGCAAAACAUUCCAAAGCAACACCCUGAUGACUAAACUGGACAUAUCUAGGAACCGAAUCGAUAUGUUGCCAGGUAAAAUAUUCCACACUCUGGACAAAAUGCAGUAUUUGAAUGUGAGUUUCAACUUGAUGACGUCAUGGGAUGUGAACAUUAGUCACAUGACGAAUCUGAAGUAUCUAGAUUUGUCUCACAACCAGUUAUCCGAGCUCUCUGAUCAAAACAGGCGACACAUCGAUACCAUUACUAAGACGGGGAACCUGACGAUAAACCUAAGCAAUAACCGACUGCAGUGCUCCUGUCAAACUCUUCCAUUCAUGCGCUGGGUAAACUUGAAUAAGAAGGUAUUUAAAAGAUUUCACACAUACAAAUGUAGUUUCGAUAACCAUACCAGUGUCUCAUUUUCAGACCUGGAUACGGUACUUCAGCAGCUGGAGAAAGACUGCACCAGCUAUAUCGGUCUGAUCGCUGGUUUACUCUCUGCUAUCGUGUUUUGCUUAGCAAUCUUGGUAUGUGGCCUUCUGUUCAGAUACAGAUGGAAACUUCGCUAUUUAUACUACCUGACAAAGAACAGGUACAGAGGAUACGCCAGGAUAAGAGAUGAUCAGAGCCAUGACUACCAGUAUGACGCAUUCGUUUCAUACGCAGAGGAGGAAUCCCAAUUCGUCCAUAGAGAUUUUAUUGAAAACCUGGAGACAAACCGUCAUUUUAGAUUGUGUGUACAUGGACGUGACUUCAUUCCCGGUAUGGAUAUAGCUGCUAACAUCACAAACGCUAUACACUCUAGCCGUAAAACUGUCAUAGUCAUGAGUGAAAACUUCGUCGAGUCGUACUGGUGUAUGUAUGAACUAAACAUGGCGCGGAUGGAGAGCAUUUACUCCCGAGAAGGUGCCAGUGUUCUGUUCUUGGUCAUGUAUAGCCCUGUACCAGCAAGGGCCAUUCCUCUGCAAGUGAUGGACAUCAUUCAAUCCAAGUCAUAUAUAGAGUACCCGGAUGACCCUCAAGGCAAUGUGGUAUUCUGGGAUAAGAUAGCAGAGGCCAUUGCCAUAUAAGGUGUAUGAUAUGUAUUGACUUUUUCCUCAAUACGAAAGUCUUCUAUGUGCCAACACCUUCAACCAAUAUGGUGUGUUGUCAUUGUAUUUUGUACAGGCGUGUGGUAAUGAUGUGAAGAAGUGAGGCUAUAAACGUGGUUGUUUUAUCAUGUUUAUAUAGAUAUAUCAUAAUAAUCUUUGAUAAUUUUAGCAAUAUGAAUCUGCAUUUAACGCCCACUAGAAAGCGUCCUUAUGACUAAGGAAUAUUUUGGUAUUAACUUAAUGAGAUAACUUUCAGACAGAUUCUAAAGGUUUUUUCAACAUAUCAUAAGUUUAAUGGUUCUUUAAGAUAAUCUCUUGGGAGGCUUACAAUGUUAUUUAAUCAGAAUCAGCAGCAGCAGGUUACAGUUUUGUUCAGAGGGAUUUGCCGGUUUUCUCCGGUCCACAAAUUGUCUGCCUGUGUCGGCUUUGAGAGCUAGCAUUGUUCACUGUGGAUAUUCUGUCUUCAGCGUGACAUCUUCUGUUUCUGUUUCAGACAUUCAUACUGUCUUUCCCAAAAUAUCUUAUACCUGACAGUCACUUGGUAAAAGUUAAAAUAUCUCUAUGUGAAUCUAUUAGUCGGUAGAUAUCAGUGUUUUAUAUUUUAACCCGUUUUGACUAUUUUUGUCGUUGUGUUUGUAAACAAUGUAUUGCUUUUUCACUGCUUUGUUUUACUUUGCAAACCUUAAUGGUGAUAUUAACUUAAUUUUUGUGUGUUUACAUGUUUAUGGUACAUUUAAAUCAAACAAUUAAUAAGUAUAUGUCAGUAAUAAUAAUAGUAAUAUGUUAUUCUAUGUAUUUUUUAAAAACCAAAUGAUACGUUUUGUCAAUAUACCCUAAUAUAAACCCUUAAUACUUGAUGUAGAAAAUCUGUCCUCUCUACCCAACAUUACUUAGUGUAAUAGAACUAAACCGUGUAACAUAACCUACAUGAUGUAUUUACGUAUUUCAUUAUAAAGUUCCUAACAUCAGUAACUUAUCUACAAUUUCACGAUCCAAUCUACUGGAAAUAAUUUGAUAUCCACUUUAUUCACAUGAUAUUAAUAUUUAUGUAAUUGCCAUAUUCUUCCGUAUUCUUCAUUUUCCUCCAACGAGUUAUAAAAAAGAGGAAGUUCCCUUAUUAUGGAAAGUCCCCGUGACUUCAGUUUUACGGCUAUGUGUUUACUAGAAUGUUUCCCCAUAACGAGGAAAUUAUUCCGUGGACGUAAUCGUCCAUACAAAAGGAUUACAUAAUGUGAAUUUUGUACUGUAUUCAAACUGAAAAAUACGGAAAACUAACAUGAAUGAUCUAUAAAUAAAUAUCCAAUAGCAACGUUUCGAUGUCUUUAUACCAAAGUAUUAAAAAUGUCCGUGAGAAAUAAUUGGUUAUAAACACACACUAACAAUUAUCACACCAACAGAAACUGUAUCUGUCACUUACCGUAGAUAAUACAUUACCCUUACGGACUUAUCUCGUGUACUGUUUGUACGGAGAUGGUUACUGACUUUUCACUGAUAGAAUCUUACCUUGAGGAUUUGAUAAAGACAAUUCCGUCCAUAUUAUUGGUUAUGUAACACGAUGCUCAGCCGAGGGUAGGACAAGAAUAUCGCCCCGAGGGUAGGACAAGAAUAUCACCCCGAGGGUAGGACAAGAAUACACCCCGAGGGUAGGACAAGAAUAUCAUCCCGAGGGUAGGACAAGAAUAUCACCCCGAGGGUAGGACAAGAAUAUCACCCCGAGGGUAGGACAAGAAUGUCACCACCCCGUGGGGGGGGGGUUACGGUCCAGUUGUUCAAAUACAUGUAGUCAGACAUUCCGAUGUUUUUUUUCUUCAAUAUCAAAAUUUGGUAGUACAGCCUAAAAAUCUUACCCCGAGCGAUUGAGAUAUUCUUUCCUCUUACCCUGGACAGAGAUAUCCGCAGUUUUAAAGGGGUGAGAUUUUCUUAUCUAUCUCACCCUAGGGAAAAGACAAGCUACA